AUGGAGCCAAGUACAGCAGACUCCAUCGUUGUCGGAGGGGGCCUCACUGGCUGCGUCAUUGCUUCCAGCCUCGCGCGUAGCGCCUCACCACCACCGGCCGCCCUGCUCGAGGCUGGCCCUAAUCCAUCUGGUGAUCCCGGAACUGAUACCAUUCUCGCUGGCCUUGGGCUCCUGGGUGGGAAACUGGACUACGCGACCCUUGGAGGCGGGAGUAUCCUGAAUUUUGGGGACUGGCUACAAGCGGACGCAAAAGGCUAUGACCACUGGAGCAAAGCUGUUGGCGACGAAUGA